AUGGAGAACUCCAGCUUGUUGGGUGGCAGCGCGCACUUCGCUGGCAUAAAGGAUUUUCUUAUCUCUGACACAAUGAAGGAACUUGCGGGUUCUCCUGGGGUGGAUGUGAUGGAUGGAUUAGGAGUCUCCAGCGGGGCCGUGUUCCUUGAAGAAAGGACUGCUGUUGGAGCUGAGUUUAUGGCCGCUCCCCCAACGGAAUCCCCUCACCUGAUGCCUGCUUUCUGGGACUCCCCGCUCAGCCACGGAAUCAAUGUGUUUGUGGGACUGGUCCUUUGCUUCACCAUGUUGGGGUUGGGCUGCACGGUGGAGGUUAGCCAGCUUGGAGAACAUGUCCGCAGACCCAUUGGAGUGCUGUUGGCCCUGGUGUGCCAGUUUGUUAUCAUGCCCUUGGUGGCCUUUCUUCUGGCUUUAGCCUUCUCUCUGAAUGAUGUGGCAGCGAUGGCAGUGCUGCUCUGUGGCUGCUGUCCUGGUGGGAACUUGUCAAAUAUUAUGUCUCUGCUGGUGCACGGAGAGAUGAAUCUCAGCAUCAUCAUGACCAUAUCUUCCACUUUGCUGGCGCUCGUUCUGAUGCCGCUUUGCUUGUGGAUCUACAGUCGAGCCUGGAUCAACACACCUGUGGUCAACCUGCUGCCUUUCGGGGCCAUCGUCCUGACCCUGUGCGGCACUCUUAUUCCCAUUGGAUUAGGAGUUAUGUUGAGGUACCGCUACACGCGUGUGGCCGACAUUGUUUUAAAGGCAUCUCUGUGGUCUCUACUGGUCACCCUCGUGAUGCUGUUCAUCCUGACUGGAGCAAUGCUGGGGCCAGAGUUGCUAUCCACCAUCCCACCCUCUGUCUACGUGGUGGCCAUCCUGAUGCCUCUGUGUGGCUAUGCUGCAGGUUACGGCCUGGCGUUGCUCUUUGAGCUGCCUCCCAACAGCUGCAGGGCGGUCUCCAUGGAAACGGGCUGCCAGAAUGUCCAGCUGUGCACCGCCAUCCUGAAGCUGGCCUUCCCUCCACAGCUGAUGGGAGGGAUGUAUAUGUUUCCCCUUCUGUACGCACUGUUUCAAGCCGCCGAGGCAGGCAUUUUCAUCCUGGCCUACAGGAUGUAUAGGAAGGAAGUCCUGCAUAAACCAGAUCACAUGAUGAGCGCCUAUGAUACGGACAUAACAUACCAGAGGUUUAAUGAUGAGGACUUGGACUUAUCUUAUGGUGUGGUUACAGUGAGUGACCCAAAUGUCAUCACUCUAGACCCUUGUCCUGCUGAUCAAACUCCUGUUUAAUGUCCAGAUAUAUCACUCUGAUUAUUGUAAAAAAAAUAUAUAUAUAAUAAAUUAUAUAUAUAUAAAAGAAUGCGCAGAUAAAUAUUUAUCAUAGAGCCUGAAAAAUGUGCUCAAAGUCAUAAG